UUUAUUCUGGACAUGAUGAAUUUAAGGAUUUCCUGCAUGCUGGUGUUCUUCACUCUGUAUCUGCAAGAGGGAUUAUCAAGGGAAUAUGAAGCUAAACUUGGAGCAGAUGUUCUUUUACAGAGAAUAAGACGUCAAAGCAAACCAACUAAAUUAGUGCUGAAGGUGACAGACUACCAUGUGGGGUGUACAGUGGUGUCCAGAUACGCUGUGACCACAGUGCAGAGCUCAGUGUGGAACCAGCUGCCCGUCACCAAGGAGGCGGCCUUCGAGGUGGACCUGCCCUCCUCUGCCUUCAUCUCCAACUUCACCAUCACCUCCUAUGGCAAGGUGUAUGUGGGCCAGGUGACGGAGAGAGCUGCUGCCAGGAACAUUUACGAUGCUGCUAAGAAGCAAGGGAAAACAGCCGGGCUCGUUGCUACCAAAGAGCGAGAGAUUGAGAAGUUCCGCGUGGCGGUGAGCGUGCCGUCUGGAGCUCGGGUUUCCUUCUCCCUGACCUACGAGGAGCUGCUGCCUCGACGCCUCGGCCGCUAUGAGCUCAGUCUGGGUCUGAGGCCGGGUCAGCCUGUGCAGAACCUCUCGUUAGACGUCAGUAUAACGGAGAGGACGGGCAUCAGUUUCCUCAAAGCCUUUCCUCUCAGGAUGAGCCGGCUGCUCUCCAACACCGCUCAAGGCGAUGCAGAAGCCCCGGCCUCCACUCAUGUUGAGCAGAACACAAACUGUGCUCGUGUCCGCUACAGUCCCACUAUACAGCAGCAGAACAGCAUCUCGUCCAACGGUCUCAACGCAGACUUCAUCCUCCAGUAUGACGUGGAGCUCAGAGACCUCAUGGGUGAAGUCCAGGUGUAUGAUGGGUAUUUUGUGCAUUACUUUGCACCCAGAGGACUUCCUGUUGUUCCUAAGGAUGUUAUUUUUGUCAUUGAUGUCAGUGGCUCAAUGAUAGGCACUAAGAUAAAACAGACGAAGCAGGCCAUGAGCACGAUUCUCGGGGACCUGAGAGAGGGAGACCACUUCAACAUCAUCACCUUCUCAGACAAAGUUCACACCUGGAAGAAAGGACGGACAGUUCGGGCGACUCGGCAGAACGUACGAGACGCCAAAGACUUUGUGAAGAGGAUUAUUGCAGAAGGAUGGACGAACAUCAACGCAGCUCUGCUCUCUGCUGCCCAGCUGGUCAACCCUUCAUCCUCCUCCUCCUCCAGCCACCUCUCAUCCCGACGUGUCCCUCUGGUUAUCUUCCUCACUGAUGGAGAGGCAACCAUUGGAGUAACGACCGGCGACACCAUCCUCAGCAACGCCAAGAAAGCUCUGGGCUCCUCGUCUCUGUUCGGCCUCGCCUUUGGAGACGACGCAGACUUCCUCCUCCUGAAACGCCUCGCUCUGGAUAACCGCGGCGUGGCGAGGAUGGUUUACGAGGACGCCGACGCAGCCCUGCAGCUGAAGGGUUUCUACGAUGAAGUGGCGAGUCCUCUGCUAUCAGACAUCCAGCUGUCGUAUCUGGACGAUCAGGCGUUUGACAUCACCCGCUCCAUGUUCCCAAACUACUUCCAAGGCUCAGAGCUGGUGGUGGCUGGGAGGGUGAAACCAGGGCUGAAGGAUUUUAAGGUGUCAAUGUCCGCCACUGAUUCAAAGCAACGCAUCAAGUUGGAGAACGAGGUGUUGAUUUCCCACGCAAAAGGCAACGGGAGUGCAGAUUCAGUCGAGUGCUCUGCAGGCUCGGAAGGAAUCUCCACCUUCGUGCACCGCCUCUGGGCGUAUUUCACCAUCAAAGAGCUGCUGCUGGCAAAACUGAGCGCAACUGACCCUGCAACUCAGAGGAUACUGGCAGACAAGGCCACAAACCUUUCCCUGAAAUAUAACUUUGUAACACCGGUCACUUCUUUAGUUGUGGUUAAGCCCGAUGCAGAUGAAGAAACUCCAACCCCGGUAAAACCCACCACCGCAGCGACUACAACCACAACAGCAGCGACUACAACAACGACAGCGACGACUACUGCCGCCAUCAAAAUAUUAGCUGUGAAGAAGCUCAGUUCUAACACAAAGCCUAAAACAAAACCAGACCCUCCUCAGCCACCUCAAAAGCAAACAAAAAAAGUCCUUCUACCAACUUCCACUGCAAAAGUAGGAGUUUCACCAUCAAAGAAAGCCACAACCACAUCAAGUCCCACCUCUGUGAAAACUGCCCCUGCUCCAAUCUCUGGGAAAAAGCCAACCCCUUCCCAAAAUGAAUCCAAAACUGCCUCUCCUCUUCCUGCCGGUAAGACACACACCUCCCUGCUGAAUGCUUUAAAAACAGCGGCACCCCCUGCACCCGGAAAAGUCUCCACCCCGUUUCCAAAUGUCGUGAAAACAACCCCCACAACCACCACAGUGUUCACCACCAGCACCACGCCUCCACCCAGCUCAGUCCGAACCGACCCUGCUCUCCUGCCUGGGAAACCCCUUACCCCACAGCCCAGUACAGUGAGAACGACCCUGCCUCCUGUCAGAGUGACCGUUCCCUCCCUAGAGGCGGAGAACAGCUCCACCUCUGCUCCACCUGUGCCUGACAUCACCACCCCCCCGCCCGAGGCAUCCUCUCUGCUCACCUCCCCCACCCCGGUGCCGGCGCCCAGCGUGGACGACCACAACGACACCGAGCUGAGCAUCGCCACCUUUGUGUCGGCCAACUUCGCUCCCAUGCCUGGUGUAACAGAUGGGCCACGUUUGUGGGAGGCAGCAGGGCUUCUGGAUGUCUCUACUUUCAUUCAGAGGAAAGAUAUUGACCUUGUGAAAGACUUUGAUGCGACCUAUGACGUGGACUACGAUCUCAAUUAUGAUGCAUGGGAUGAUACUGCAGACACAGAAUCGUUUGAUAGUUCUCCAUCCAUCAUUCGCGUCUUCUCCUCAUCAGUUGAUGGAGAUCCUCAUUUUGUAGUCCAGCUGCCUAAGCUGCGUCAGAAUUUGUGUUUCACUGUCGACGGCCGAGCCAAUGACGUUCUCAGACUGUUAGAGGACCCAGAGAGAGGGAUAAUUGUGGACGGCCACCUCAUGGGAGCUCCCUCUAAGCACGGGGUGGAGGAUCGGACCCGGACCUACUUCGACCGGAUCACCAUUUCCUCCGCCACCAAGCUCUCCGGGGACAUCAUGAUCACCCUCUCGUUGGACGCUGUAGUGGUGGAAGGUGAGGGGCGGGACCAUCUCCCCAUCAAUCAGCAGGGAUCGGUGACGCGGCAGGGGGUGACGGUCACCGUGGACGACCACCGGAGUUGCUGGAUCGAGCUUGACCGGGACGUCCGCUUCCUGGUUCUGUUCCACCAGUACAAACACCCCAGCUACCUGCAGAUGGCUCACCUGGGCUUCUACAUCAGGGAUGGACGAGGGCUGUCCGCUGCAACCCAAGGCCUGCUGGGCCAGUUCCAGCACGCUGACAUGAGAGUCUCAGCGCUGCAGGAUGCUCAGGAUGAAGCUCCCAACGAGGCGGUGUCAGCGCGGGGGGUCCUGAGGUGGGGAGCGGAGCACAUGCCGGUCACCUUGCAGGACAAGACGCUGAAAGACACGGUGCGGAAACGCCACACGGGCAUGUGUUGGGUGGUACCCAAAGCAGAGGUAGAGAGACUCCUGGGUCAUCCAUACGAGAGCUACGUGGUGGAGCAUGUGUAAUCCUAGCCGAGUCUUCUUCUCCGCCUUCUCUGCUGCUCGUCUCGGGUCACAGAGAAUAUAAUAGCGGUGAAAACUGGGACUCUAAAAGGUUUCCACGCUAUUCUGUAAGGAGCGGUGGGACACCGUUGUGGUUACAAAAAGAGGAAGUGAAGGAGUAAUGAGGAAGUAUGGUUCAAUAGAUGUAUAAGGACUGAAGCGUGCUGUUGUUCUCCAUCAGGGAGUUUGGAUUCAUGUCUGUGACAGAGACUCCUGUUCGCAUGCAACCACAAAAUGUCCUUUAGCGCAGCAGCUCCAAAAUGUGUCACACACCAACUCACUUCAGAUAUUUAUCAGAUUAUAUUACAUCGAGGAUUCAUUAUAAGGCAAAGCCAGAUUCUUGUAAUUAUUAAAACUGUAUCUGUAAGUUGUAUUUUUUAGAGUGUAUAUAAAAUAUUAUUAUAUGUAUAGAUAACCUUAUAACACAAAGAAAGAAACACACAACAGUAUCAGGGUCUUUCCAGGUUUGCCAUGUGCUUUUUAUUUUUCUAUAAUUUCAUUCAUAGUUUAAUUCAUUUGUAUUUGUUACACAAGACAUUAGGCAUUGCUCACAUACUAGUGAUCAAACAAGGACAGUAAGUUUUUCUACUACUCAGCCUUAACUAUUUUUAUCUUUUGUCAAUUUUUCAAGGGAUAUUGUCAAUAGUGGUUUCCAAAAAAGGCCAAACUGGAUGGAAAUUAAAACAGUACGACCACACAUGAGGCUUUUGAUUUCAAUAAAUAAAAAAGAGAAGACAGUAUCUGAUGCUGAGGAAGGGGAAAGGGAGGGAGGGCUUCGGAUAUAUCGAAGAGUAAACAUUAUUCCAGUAUCCAGGAUGAAGACCACACACAAUGUUGAAACACACAGCUGUAUAGGUUUUAAUAGCUAAUAACUGAUGGCUGCUGCUGUUAUCCUGCCAUCAUAACCUGUUUCUUAUUAUAAUCAAAUGAAAUCACGAUGCAGCACUGGAAUGAUCACUGAAUAAGGUAAACAUAACACAGCAAAUAACAAACAAACAAAAACAAGGAAUUUCGGUGCAAUUUCCGUUUUUAUCAUCAGAACAAAAUCUAAUAGCAUAGCAUAUUCGGCGUACACCUUUUCCACAAUACGUCAGUGAAAUGUAAAUAAAUAGAGCAUAACAAUAAGACACGCCAACACCCCCAAAACAGCGAGAUAACUAUGUUUAGAGUUUGUGUUGGGUAAAGUGAGAUGGAACUGCUUCAGUGUUUUAAAUAAAAACGAUCAGGGC